AUGGAAGGGCCCACGGUAGCAUCUGCUCCCAGCGCUCCCCACCCACAGGCCCAGGAGGGGGCAGCUAGUGCCAAGCUGUUCUGCUGUCGGUGGGUGAGAAACAGAAUACCCCUGGCACACAGAGAGGAACUCUACCACAUUCUCCGGAUGACAGGACCCCUGCUGCUGUCUCGAAUCCUCAAUUACUUGCUCCCUUUUGUCAUCACAAUGUUCUGCGGUCGCCUGGGGAACGCUGAGCUGGCUGGUUAUGGGCUGGCGUGUGCGACUAUUAACAUCACCACAGCAGCGACCGGGGGAGGUCUUGGCCUAGCAUGUGACACACUGGUCUCUCAGACGUAUGGAGGGAAGAACCUCCAGAGGGUGGGCGUGAUCCUCCAGAGGAGUGUCCUCAUCCUCCUCCUCUUCUGUCUGCCUUGCUGGGCCAUGCUCAUCAACACCCAGGCCAUCCUGCUGGCCCUGGGCCAGGAGCCUGAGGUGGCCAGAAUAGCCCAGCUGUAUGUGGUUGCCUUCCUGCCUGCUGUGCCUACCAUGUUUCUGCAUCAGCUUCAAGCGUCUUAUCUCCAGAACCAGGGUAUUAUACUGCCCCAGAUGUACACUGCGGCUGCAGCAAAUGUGGCCAACGUGGCUACAAACUACAUUCUGCUCUACUGGAUGGACCUGGGAGUUAACGGCUCUGCAGUGGCCAACAGCUUGUCGCAGAUUUACAUCUGUGUAUUUCUGUUUGCGUACAUAUGGUGGAGGAAGCUACACGUAAAAACAUGGGGCGGUUGGACCAGAGAAGCACUGCUGGAGUGGGGCUCCUACAUGAAACUGGCUAUACCCAGUACAAUGAUGAUGUGUUUCGAGUGGUGGAUAUAUGAAAUUGGGGGCAUCCUUGCAGGUAUGGUGGGUGAAAUUGACUUGGCAGCUCAGCAUUUGGUCAUAAUGCUGGCCUUCAUAAACUACAUGUUUCCUCUGGGCAUCCAAGCUGCGACGUGCGUCCGUGUGGGGAACGCCCUGGGAUCGGGGGACCCAGCUGGGGCCAUCCUCACCAGCAAGGUGUCUCUGACUCUGUCAGCGACCAUGGCAGUCAUGCAGGGCCUGGUGCUCUGCUCCAUCAAAACAGUGAUUGGUUCAAUCUUCACCUCUGAUGAAAAGAUCAUAGCGCUGGUCUCCCAACUUCUAAACGUGUACUGCGUCCUUCAGUUCUUUGACGGCUUGGUGUGUGUGUGCAUGGGCAUCUUCCUGGGCACGGGCAAACAGAAAAUAGCUGCCCUGGCCAACCUCAUCCUUUACUAUUGUGUCGGACUUCCUAUUUGUGUUUCUUUGAUGUUCACCGCACAGCUUGGGGUAUUAGGGUUUUGGCUAGGACUCCUCCUCUGUGUUUGUAUACAGUCCAGUUUGUUCAUCACGGUCAUCUUCAGGCUGGACUGGGACAAGAUGACUGUGGAGGCUGUGAAACGAGCUCAGAAGAUGGCACACCUGGCUUUGCUGAGGAGGUCAGUCCCCACGGAGCAGCAGGACGGCUCCGACGCUCGUUACCUCACCGACACCAACGGGAGGACGGAGAACGGAUGUUGGUGCGAGAGUGAGAGCAGCCUGAGGGGCAGCGCUGUGGCCCAGGAAGGCCUGGGAGACAGCAGUGCCCGUGGGCCACAGGAGGACCAGGGACUGAGGCAGGGGGGAGCAGAACGACCCAGAGCUCAUCUCUCCACCACCCAGUUGCUACUGAGGAGAGGCCUGACUGUGCUGGCUGCCGUCGGGCUCCUGGUCGUGGGAGUGAGUGUCCAUCUCGUCCUGCCCCUGCCAGAGACCCUCCAAGUCCCAGGGGGAAACCUCACAGUGAGCUGGAUCAACACCAGCAACUCCACAGACCUCGCUUCCUCAACCCCAUCCCACUAACUUUACUGCAGGAAACCAUGUACCAUGUCAAAAAUGAGAACUUCUCUGCAGCUAUUUAAAUAGAUUAAUUAGGAUUUAUUGGAA